AUGUCUGCUUGUUCUGUUGAAUUAAAUUGGUCUUACUCCAAGCAGACUCCUAGCAAGACCUCUUAUGCGGAAUUUAAAAGCUGCAUUGUGAAGAAGCUGGCAUUCCAAAUCCCAAUUGCUAGUAGCCCAAUUUCCACAAGAUGGCAGCAGGCAAGCGCUGGGAACCAGACAGAGCAACCUUUUGGACUUGGAGAAUGUCCUCCUGCUAAAUUUUCCACUUUAGUUAACAGUUCUGAUCUGAAAGACCCAGCUGGGAAGACCACAGCAGUUCCAGUGUCUUUUAAGAUACUUCCUGAAGCCACUAUAAAUGAAUCCAAAACAUAUACUAAUGCCACUAGUUUGUGUGAAAGAAGUAAAUCAGAGAAACAGAAGUGCCACCACCAGACAUUAACAAGUGAAGGGAAAAGACAUGGCAUUUCAGAAAACGGAAGCAUCAGGAUCUGUGAAAAAUUAAAUUAUAUCUGGAAAGGUUGCAAGGAUGGCAGCAAGGGUGGACGUGAUGUUCAAAACUUUUCAGCUCACACUGAAGCCUGUCCACUGGAGCCAGAAACUAGGUUUCAUGUCACAGGCUUGCGUGAUGACUAUUAUCUAAACAUAUUGGAUUGGAGCCAAGAUAAUCUUCUUGCUCUUGCUUUAGAAUCUAUUGUACAUAUUUGGAAUGGAGAAAGAAGUGAAAAACUUGAAAGCAUAGAUUUAUACUCUGGAUCCAAAUAUAUUGCUUCUCUGGCGUGGAUGAGAGAAAAUUCUUACCUUGCACUUGGCACUAGUGAUGGAGAAGUGCAGUUAUGGGAUGUUGAAACUCAAAAGAGGCUGAGAAAUAUAUUUGGCUGUAGAUCUGUCAUUGGAGCUAUGAGCUGGAAUGGAUACAUACUUAGCAGUGGUUCAAGGCUAGGAUACAUUCACCAUCAUGACAUUCGAGAAGCAAAGCAUUACGUUGGGAUGGUUCAGCAAAGUAAACAGAGUAUUAGUAGCCUACAGUGGUCACCAGACACUAAACUGUUGGCAUGCGGUUCUAAUGAUGGCCUACUGAAUAUUUGGUCCAAUGAUCUUGGUGUGCCAAUACAGUAUACACCACUGACCACCAUACUCCAUUCCUCAGCUGUAAAGGCAAUGAGGUGGUGUCCAUGGCAAACUGGAGUAAUUGCCACAGGAGGUGGAAUGGAGGAUAGAUGUUUGCGCAUCUGGAACAUAAGCGACAUGAAAAGUCUUGGAACUGUAAAUUCAAAAUCUCAGAUAUGUUCCCUGCUAUGGUUACCAAAUACCAAAGAAAUAGUGACGGGGCAAGGCCAUCCUCAGAACAAGGUGAACAUCUGGAGGUAUCCUGCACUUUCAAAUUCAGCAGAACUUUGUGCUCACAAAGGAAGGCUUCUGCACAUGGCGCUGAGCCCAGAAGGAAACAGGAUCUUUACCGCUGCAGCUGAUGAGACGGCUUAUAUGUGGAAGUAUCAGAUGAAAGCAAGCACAGUGUGCCUUCAGUAAUAAUACUGUUCCAGUUAACAACUAUAUACUCCCUCUGUUGGCUCUUCAAUCAGUAUGUAACCCAGCACAGUGCAGAGGAUAACAAGUGGAUGGGGGAAAGAGAAGCUCCAAUUUCCCAUCAGAAACAGAGUACUGUACUGUACUUCCUUUCAGGUUACAGUCUUUCAGCUUAUCUCACAGAGCUGUUGUAAGGGUGAAAUACCUUUCUGUGCUAAUAAAUAUAUAAAUACACAAACAAACUAAGUAACUAAGUAUGUUCUGGGGAAAUAGGGACCAAGAUCCAGCAGCAGAGAACAUAGCUACAGUGACUAAGCUCUGUAGUCAUAGAUAC